AUGGUUUUUGCCUCUUUCAUCAGAACCGGUAACGACAUCAAGGAAAUCAGAAAGGUUUUGGGUGAGGAUGGUAAGGACAUCCAAAUCAUCGCUAAGAUUGAGAACCAACAGGGUGUCAACAACUUCGAUGACAUUUUGAAAGAAACUGACGGUGUCAUGGUUGCCAGAGGUGACUUGGGUAUUGAGAUUCCUGCCCCACAAGUUCUUGUUGUGCAAAAGCAAUUGAUUGCCAAGUGUAACUUGGCCGCUAAGCCAGUCAUUUGUGCCACUCAAAUGUUGGAGUCUAUGACUUACAACCCAAGACCAACCAGAGCUGAGGUUUCCGAUGUCGGUAACGCCAUCUUGGACGGUGCUGACUGUGUCAUGUUGUCCGGUGAGACUGCCAAGGGUAACUACCCAUUCGAAGCUGUCUCUAUGAUGCACAACACUGCCAUUACCGCUGAAAAGGCUAUUGACUACUUGCCAUUGUUCAACGGUCUUAGAAGCUUGGCUCUCAAGCCAACCGGAACCACCGAAACUUGCGCCGUUGCUGCCGUUGCUGCUGCUUACGAGAGCGGUGCUUCUGCCAUUGUUGUUUUGUCUACUUCUGGUUCUACCUGUAGAUUGGUGUCCAAGUACAAGCCAGACGUUCCAAUUAUGAUGGUUACCAGAAACAGCAGAGCUGCCAGAUACUCUCACUUGUACAGAGGUGUGUACCCAUUCAUCUACGACCAGGACAAGGUUGAGAACUGGCAAGAGGAUGUUGAGAACAGAUUGAGAUGGGCUGUGGCCGAGGCCAUUGAGUUGGGCAUCAUCAAAAAGGGCGACUCCAUUGUCACCGUGCAAGGUUGGACCAGAGGUUCUGGCCACUCCAACACCGUGAGAAUUGUCCAGGCCUAG